UAACCUUCAGCGAUGCAAAGGCGUUGGAUAAAGUAGGCAGGCGUGGCAUUUUAGGUAAUUUUGUGCAGGCUGGCUUCAAAAACUCAUACGGAUGAAAUUCUCAUACAUAAAUCAAAUAUGGAUUCUGAUGGAGUGAACUGAAGGUGAUACGAGUUAAUAUUGGCAUGCUAUUUAUUGCGAUUGUUGGUUUUUACCCAAUGUAAAACGUUUUUAAAGUACUCCCGGAAGGUCGUUAGUGAUCGAGGUGCACGCUUUUAUAUUUCGGACUGCGAUAAUGUGUGCCGAAAAUUGUUUGUUUAGCAGGGAAAACUGUGGGUAAAUGAGUUUGCGAGUCGCGCAUACCAGUAAGCUUUGCGGCCGAUGAUCUGGCGUUAUCUUGCCUGCCGCAGUGUAGCUAAGUUCACAGUGCGUAGUCUGAGGUUCUGUUAGAAAUGUUCCCUUUGUUUAAGCAUGGCACAUCGGAACGAUUUGAAUUAUACCACUUUCUGUAUGGAUUGUGGGCUUCAUUCUGCUUUGACGAUGGGACCUCGAAAGGCUAGGGAAUAGGAACGAAUUGUACCCAUUACGUGACGUGACUCUCUGUCGUAAAGCUGAUAGGAACUUAGAACUUCUUCUCCUUCUACAAGAUGUUGAACUGCAUGGGAAAACGAGAACUCCUCAAACGGCUGUAAAUGGUCAAAUCGAGGUAGACUCAGGUUUUUCGCCUCAUUGCGGCGAUAUUGUGAUGAUAAACGACAAAUAAAACGGACUUUCGGGUUCGUACCAGUCGUUACAAGUAUGGAUACAAUGGAAUUGGAUUUCUCGAACAGCGGGACGGUUCUCAUCGAGAAGUAUACCGUCAAUCAGCUGAUUUACAUUGCACGGUGCAUGAAAGAGAAAAAACGCUUUAUGCACCUUAUAAAGGUACCUAAAACUAAACACAAGGUUGAUGAUUCUCUCCCGUCAUCAACGGCUGUCGCCAGAUCACCAAAGGUACUCAAAGAAAGAAAUCCCUUUAGUACAACCGGCCGCAGUACCAGGUCGCUGCUGAGGCGACUACCCAACCGGAAAUCUCAGCUAGCAUCGUUGGCUGACAAAAGUUUGAAAACCGUUACAGAAAAGGAAAUAGAAAGCCAUUCUUUGCCGAUAAUACUCAAAGAAUCACCGAUUUCGACGGAACCUUUGAGCUUAGGUAUCUCCUUGAUGUACUCGAAAUCUGAAAUCGCUGUUAGUGGUCCACCUGCAGGGAACACGAUACCGAUAGAGGAUUGGACACCUGAAAAGAAUACGGUGCCUGGGGAGAACAUCGCGUAUGUGAAGACUGCAACUCCUGUUGGAAAUGAAAUACUCGUAAAAAACAUGGUUUCAGUAAAAAGUAGGACACCUUGUAAGCAUACGAAGUUUGUAGAAAAGGCCACAUCUCCGGGAACGCGUGCAGAUAUUAAUGUACCUUCGAAGAAAACAUCUCCAAUAAAAAAUUCAACUCCAGUGGAAGCCGCAGCACCUGCGCCGUCUGUUAGCGCUGCUGUGAUCGAUAUAAACAGCAGCCCUAUAAAUGCGCAGUCAAUUCCUCGAAAUGCUGUGAUCCCUACCCGAAGAGCCACCAACAUAACGUUACCUUCAAAACCCCUUCAAAAUAAGCUCAAAGUUACCUCAUUUGGUUCAUCGUCGUCUCCUUUGAAAUCAGCAGAGAGCGUUAUACCCAAAAAUGACGAGCCGGAUCACAGCCAUCAUAUAGUCGAAGCUGUAGUUCGUAGCCUAGUGAAUGCGGUGCUGGUCGAAGAGGAAGAACGGUUGGCCCGAGAACGAGGCGUAUAUUCAACGCGGAAUCCGUUCGCCUCUACAGAAUUGCAAAGAUACCUCAAAGGCAACCGAAACCUCAAGAUGACUUUUCUGGGCUUAGUGGCGCCGAACCUCGACGCAGCGAUUUCUCCUAAAAGGGCUGUAGUAUCAGUACUUGGUACGGAAACUGUCCUGCUAAAGACCGUUCUGGCUAGCAGUCCCUCAGCAACAAAGGGUGCGCUUACUUCAGAUUUACCUGCCCUUACAAGCAGCGAUUCCGCGAAUCCAAGCUGUUCAACGACACUGUCUUCGCACACGUGCUCUGCGAAACAGACAAAGCCUCGAAAGCCGAAAGCCAUUAAAGCGAUCGUUGACGGUUCAUCAAACACAGAGGGUGCUUCAACGUGCCCCGCCGUUUCUCCUAUUACUAGAAACCUAACGACCUCAUCUGUGCCAGCUGUUGCCGAAAAGGCAAAAUCUCAAAAAAGGAAGACCUUAAAAUCCAUCGCUGACAAACCACCAGUUAUAGAAGGUAAAAAAGGAACUGCCGUUAUAGGUUCAGGUUCCACAAGCAGCGCUCCUUCAAUCACUAACCCCAGAGCAGCACUGUCAUUUAUUCCGGCUUCUGCUGUUACUGACAAAGCGAAUUUCCAGAAACAGAAUGUUUUGAAACCCCAGCUUGUCCCUCCUCUUAGGCUUAAGAUACCCCCGUCUUGCGUAAAACUACCUACUUCUUUUGGAGAUUCCGAACGAACCUGUAAUUCGGAGGCAGCAACGUCCAUAGAAGCCGCCCCCGAGGGUUUAUGUCAACAUUCGUCUGUCAAGAAUAACUUUCCGCACGCAUACAAGCUGGUUGACCACUCUAACGACCUUGAAUACGGUGAUAAUGAGCCUCGCCAGCGAUCUAUGAUGCAUCGAGUGAAGACUACUCCAAUCUGUGGUACGGCCAUUUCGGACAAUGUAGUAGGAACAUCGCAAAAUCCUAAAGCGCCCGACGAGGAGCUGGUGCCUGUCGUUCUUCACACAAGUGAUGCACGGAAGUCUAAGUCAUGGGACGAUGAAAAGGCCUCGCGUCUUCUUCGUCAAUCUCUACUUGUCAUUGAAAGGGGUUCACGAAUAGCGGUGACGAAGUACCAACAGGAUUUCGCAAGUCUCUCGUUAACGCUUAACUCAAUUCUAUAUGCGGCCUCGGCAGUUGUAACGUCGGAUGAAAUCGUUCGGCAGAGUGAACAUCGACGAACGCAGCUUCUAAAUACGAUUGCUGCCGUUGCUAAUGAGGAUCAUGGAAAUAGAGACAACAUCAACAACCUGCAGCGGAAAAAGAGAUUGCUACCUGAUGCAGUGCUGUCGGAGAAGCAGUCUCCAUCGGAGCCUGUCCUUAAGUGGCCCAAAGUCCUCGGCGGUAACGAUUCGAGUGACUCGAUUACGAAAGUACAAGAACAACAAACGGCUAUACUACAAAACAAUAAGACUGUCAGCAAAACCGGUCUGCCGUUAUCGCCACAUUCAUUGUCUUCAUCCUUAGCAACUUCGAAUAUGACGCGUCGAGGUCGAACUGUCAAACGCAACUCGCGCUUAGCUGACUAUCUGGUUGGGGAGUGCAUCAUGAAAAAAUAUGAGGCCGAGGCCGAGCAACGGGCCCGUGCACGAAAUCGUCAAGUCGAAAUGGAGUAUGCGCGACAGUGGCACCAAUUAAGAAGUCAGCUCACAAUGGCGCCAACGCUACAUAGUGACAAUAGGACUCAACAAAAACGAAUGGCGAGUGGUUACGGCAUUAAGGACACAGAGCUGCCUCUGGUUCCUGGUGAAAGCGAAGGGCAUGCCUUAGCCGAAGGUAUUGGAUCCUUCACUUUGUAUGAUGGUGACCGUAGCGACGCUGAUGAUGAAAUCACUAAAAACCGAUUCGAUAAAGAUAUCGGUCGUGCACCAGAACAAGUCCUUCUGCCGCAGAAGGGGACUGACCAAUACCGGGAGGACGCUGGGAGCCGUGUGGGGGAGUUCAAUGACGAAGCAACCGCUGUAAACAGUAGCAGUGAAAAUUACGGAAAAACCAUCGCACCUGUGAGGUUCCCUGUAAACACUUUCCUGCUGAAAUUGAAAUCACGAAAUAUGAGUAGGUCGAAAUCUGCCAGCCUCGAUAUAUCGGAAAAAGCAAAUGUGGGGUUGCCUGAACAAAUGAGGCGCCAAACAGCCCCUUGGCAACAAAAACUUGUUGCCGGGAAACAGAUAGCUAAUUGUCAACGAAUGCAUGAAAUUAUUCUCGACGGGGGGACCGGUCCGGACUUGCCCAGGGACAUUAAGAAUAGUAAAGUGAUCAUUCAUCCGGAUGUGAAUGAUGUAACCGCUGAAGAAAUAAAGGCCCUUGAAGAGCUUAACAAUCUUCUGUACAACAAACCUGGCGUUGUAGGAGCUGAAGAACUCCUACAUGACUUCCGGAAAUCGUUCUGCAUUGAGGUGCGCAACCAGAUCCAAUUAUUGCGCUAUAAAAAGCUGCUUAUGUGGAAAAACCAACGUCUGAAGCUGAAAAAGGCCGAAUUGACAAAACGAUCUUUACAAAAUUAUCGCAAACGUUCGAUGCUAAUAAGAGCUAUUCGUAACACUGUAUCAGAAAGUUUUCCCCACCGAGGAUUACCUGCUGACCGGUUGCCUGAAGAAAUCUACGAGGUUACACUACCCCAAGGCUCACAAGAAAUUCAUUCAAAGGGAUCAUCACAGGUGCGAAAGCAGCAGCAGCGGCAACGGCAACAACAGUGCCGACAAAAAAAACUACAAAAUCUGCAACCGCUUCAGUCAAAGGAAUCUUAUUUGGCAGAUCCGCCGACGAAGAGACCCAAAUCCGUUAAUUCGCCGGCUUCACAGAGGACCACUCCUAUGCCAAAACCGCGCAGUUCGAAUGUUCUGGCGUUGCUACCUGAAUCCAAUAGUUUUAGUCAUCUGAAGAUCCUUGCCCCGUCUCAACCUGGCUAUGCUUCGGACCCUCAGAUAUCUUCAAGAGGUUCGUUAAGUUCGGUUCAGUCUCCCCCCAUUGUCCCAGCUGUCCCCUGUAUAACUAAUGCACCCCACGCAAACGUUCGACAUGUGAUCUUAUCACCCCCACAAUCGUGUCGGCCACCACCUACACUUAUAGUACAUCAGCCGUCACCGCGGUUAAUUCAUCCGGGAACAUCGUCACUGAGAUUGCCGUCGUCAACGAAUCCUGUCGUGCCGAUUUCUCCAAUCAUUCCUGCUGGACAAAUUUUCUUGAUGAUGUCUCCAGUUGCCAAGCAAGAGCAAACUAUCGACGAAGUGGCUGUUGUAGAUGUACAUAAUUCAGAUUCUCCGUCGUCUACUUCCAUUUCGAACCCUAUGAGGGCAGUGGUGACGAAGUCAGUGCUGCCUAGACAGGAGCCUAUGUUGGUUAAAGCAGUCGAUGCAUCGUUUAGUUCAGCACAGCAUCCGCGUCUCAUCAAGAAAUUUCUCCGCAUAGGACAAGCAGGCUCUUCCGCCAUAACAGCACUCGAGGCUGCGGCUGCUCCUAUUGCCACAACUUCUGUAGGUUCUGUAUCGAUGCCACUGAGCGGCGAGUUCAAUCGACCUAUUCAACGGGUUCGAGACGUGAUCCCUCGCAGGUAUAGUCAUUUACCGACGCUUCGCGCUCUUUCGCGUUUUCCCAGUAACACAAAUGUUACAUUCGCUAAUCCAUUACGCGGCGGCGCUCCGAUAAUUACGCCAAUAAAGCGGCACAUUAGCAAUUCAACAGUGAACGGCGCCAAUCGAACUGACGUAAUCGAGACCGUCGGCUUGACGGUUCCUCAGCAUACGCAGCUGUCGAAACUUGCGAAAUCGCAGAACGCCAGUGAUCAAACAAGGUCAGCCACUAGUCCAAUAGACAUAGCAGGUGGUACGAUUGUAGGAAAGCGACGCAGUGAUAAGUCUUUCGUUACAUUCACUGAUCAAAAUGGCACAACCGUUGCGACAACUUUAUUCGAACUAGAUGGUUCCAUGAAGACGCUGGCACGUUCGACACCGGCUUCGGCGGACGAGUUGUGUCCACCUUCUAUUAACGGAGGCGCUCAGUUAGAGCUGCAGGAGCAACAAAAUCGUCAGGAACUAAUUGAGUCCACUGUAGUUACCACAGUUUCUGCUUUACGGACUGACACAAGGCAUAGGCCAGUUACGUUCGUCCGGAGAUAUUCACGAUCACCUUUGUCUCCGUUCGCUGUACGUACCAUAUCUCUCCCUAACACUGCCAGGUUGCCGGACUAUAUACAACUGGUAGCCGCUAACGCAGGGCCAGUAGAAACGACAUGUUCCAGUUUGAAGCAAAACAUCCUGCGCAAUUGUAACGUCACGCCAAUCGAUUUGGCGGCCGCGAAUACAACCCUUUCAUCCGCCAGUUUAGGUAGUGAAACGAACGCGAAUGCGCGCGAAAAGGACGAAACUUUGACUGGAAUCUAAGAGAGAGAGAGAGUACACCACAAUGAGCGGAAGAUGUUAACAGUCAGGAAAGUUAAAGGUUUGUAAUGGUCGUAAAAAUGAUCUCUCUCCAUGUUAUUGUCGCUAUUGCGUCACGACCAAGUAGUCUUUGAAGAAGUUUUCGCGAACGAACUUCGUAUAGUGUGUGUGUGUGUGUGUACGUUUGUAUAAGUUAGAAGUUGUGAGCACAUGUAUUAAUAAGGUCCAUUGGGCAAUAUCGACUGGCGAACGUUUAGAAAAUAGUAGACGGAAUAAGAAUUAUCAUGUGGGAGAUUGGAUAACGUGUACAUAUAAAUAGAUUGUUUACGAGUACGUCAUGCAUCAGUAUGUACUAUAGACAGUGAUGUUGACGAAAAUAUGGUUUUUAUUGUUAGAAAAAAGACGUUCUGUUUAAUCGAACGACAAUAUAUAAUAGAAUGUUAUUUGUUCUGUUAACGGAGUUCACACAUCUAGUUAAUGUUGCAUUGGGCAGACGGGUGCUUGAACAAACAUAUGUAUAACCCAAAGCCUUUCAUAUAUAACUGUUGAUCUGUUUGUCUGUAUGCAAUGAAUAAUUACAAUAGUUGAACAAAAGAAAUCGUAUGUUAAUCUAAAAAAGAUCAUUGCUGAGUGUUUGUGGCGAACGAAAUCAGUAUAUAUACCACGAUGAGACUUCAUAUGAAUCCGGUCGUAGCUGGUCAAAGAAAGCACAAAAUUUCUCUCUGCUGAGGCCUGUGUCUCAGGACAGCUGGACUACCAACACAAUGUCUCUGACAUUGACUCCAGUUGCUUAAUCGUAGUUAGACGCUGUGGUACGUUUUUUUUUGUCAGAUUCGAUUACCUUUGUUUGGUCAGAGCUUUAUUGCUUGAGUCGUUAGUCAGAAAAAAUUCUGUGUGUUAAACUGCAAACUACCGUAGCUCAGCGCCUUAUUAUGACAGUAGACAACAAAACGCACAUUGCACUUCGACAGAAGACUACUAUUCUAUAAGUUACCGCGCAAAACUCCGAUGGGUUGUUGUCAUGUAGAGAAAUGGAGCUGCUUUGUAAAAAGACAUGUUAAUGUUAAAUAAAUGAGUACUAUGUUGAUACGUUUAUCCUGACACAGAAACAUUAGUAUAUAAUAACAAUAGUAAUUGUUAUUAUUGAUUCCAUUCAACUAUAGAAGUCGACGUACAUGAGUUA